AUGAAACUGCCAUUAGCUCUUUCAAGCUGCUGUGCGAUCGCAUACGCCGUUUCCGCUGCAGCAGCCGGCGCCUAUCGUGACACAACCGAUCAUGCAGCGUAUGUGAUUAAAUUCAACCCCGCAUACAAUGCGAGCUCCGCACACGCAUUCCUUGCAUCCAAGCAUAACGAAUUCAUGGUGUCCAUGGCAAGCGGUGGAGACGUUAGCUAUCAAGCAGCCGAUACAAACACCCCUAUACUCAUGGAUUCCAUACAUAUGGGAGACAGCUUCUUUACAAUGACCGGCGCAUUGGAUGAUCAGUUCGUUCAACUCUUGCAUCAAGACGACGCUAUCGAGUUUAUUGAAAGUGAUAAUGUAUACAAGACUACGCUUACACGAUCUAUGCCGGUUGAGAAACGAUCCAUACAUUAUAAAGCUGUAAGCCCUAACUGGGGUUUAGCACGCAUUCGUCAACGCGAGUUGAAUGAUUUAUCCAUAUACGACUAUGCUGAUGAUGAAGGGCAUGGAGUUGACGUGUUUGUGUUGGAUUCCGGUGUCCAUGUCGAGCACCCUGAUUUCGAAGGAAGGGCAUUUACAUCCUCAAAUUUCGUACAAGAAGAAGAAGAUACCGAUUUUGCAGGACAUGGUACCCAUGUGGCAGGCAAAGUGGCAGGCAAAGUAUACGGUGUGGCUAAGGCUGCCAACAUCCAAUCGGUCAAGAUUCUCAACAAAACGGGUGAUGGCAAAUUGAGUACCAUGCUCAAAGGAUUGUCACAUGUUGUUCAAGCAGCUACACCUGGCAAGGCUGUGGUCAAUCUAUCCCUCAGUGGUCCACCCUCUCGAGUCAUGAAUGCUGCCAUCCGCAGCCUUGUGCAAGAACACAAUAUCCCUGUCUUUGUUUCAGCUGGCAAUGCAGGUGCUGAUGCUUGUAAUUUUUCUCCUUCAUCAAGCCCGGAUGUCUUUGUGAUUGGUGCAACGGAUAUCACUGAUAGGGUUGCAUCGUACUCGAAUACUGGUCCAUGCGUUAGCAUGUACGCACCGGGUACUGAUAUCGUGAGCACAUGGAUUGGUGGAGGUGAACAUGGCAACGUUAAAUCAUUGGAUGGAACAAGUAUGGCAUCACCACACGUGGUGGGUAUUGCAGCCUCAUUGUUAUCACGCCAAUCCUUUGAAUCACCCAAGCAACUGUAUUCGUUAUUGACUGAACUCGGCACCAAGAAUGUGAUAGCUUUUCCCGAUAGCUCUGCUGGUCCAGAGAAUAACAUCAUGGCGUAUAUCACAGCCGAGGAGUAA